AUGUCAACUGGAACAUGUGUUGAAGAUAACACAUAUAACUAUUGUAACAAACUAAGUGAAGAAGUUCUUUUACAUUCCUGGAUCAAAAUUGAAGACCUGUGGAAUGAACUACCAAGAGUUGAUGAACUGUUUGCAAAACCUCUAAUGAGACAAACAACAACAUAUAAUAGAAAAAACCAUUACGACCUCGAAUGGGCAGAACUUGUCAUGCGGAAAUUCCUAACCGAUUAUGAAGAUACUGAUAAAAACUUACAAAAGCCACACCUCGAAGGUUGGUAUGGCGUGAAUGUAUGGGUACUGAUCGUUGACCACGGUUUAAGAAAUAUAAAAGACUUAGAGAUCGUGAAGUACUUGCUUUCAUAA